CCAGAAAGUGUUAAUGGUAAAAUCACAUACCAGCUUGACAUCUACAGUCUUGGUGUAACAAUCAUGGAGAUACUCAUCGGAGAGAAGGGGUAUCACGAUGUUGAUAAUGUAGUUGAAAGUUGGAGUAACAUGUUGGAGGGACCACAAAGUGAUAUACAUAUGGAACAGGUACGAGUAUGUGCUGAGAUAGCAAUAAAGUGCAUGGAUAACGACCCGGCGAAGAGGCCAGAUACACAACACAUAAUCAGUAGACUCAUUGAAAGAGAAACGAUGGACGGAUAUAUUCAUACCGGCGUGACUACUUCACAACAGCUUAAUCCAGACAUGUUAAAUGACACCAUGCAUGCUCUUUGGAUGAGAUAUCAACGGCUUAAUCCAGACAUCAAGCGAUGCUUCAAAUAUUGUAGUAUUUUCCCAAGGAGAUCCAAAUUAAGACGGGACGUCUUCGUUCGCAUGUGGAUAGCGCAAGGGUUUAUAAAGAUCAAUUGUGAAACAGAGGACAUGGAAGAUGUAGCAGAGGGCUAUGUUCAAGAGUUAGUGUCAUGCUCGUUUCUUCAACGAGGAGGGGAAUGGCAUGAUAUUUGGUUUUCAAUUCCCGAUCCACUUCAUGAUUUAUUAGAAAAGAUU